AUGGCUACAGCACGCAGCACAGCAAGAAAGCAAAACCGUCGUCUGAGCACGCGGAAAACCAAAAAAGUCAGCCAAGAAAUGAAACAGAAAGACGAUGGCGAUUUUCCUUUUGACAAUCCGGACGUAAUGAAUCACAUAAUGCAACAAAUCGAGGCUUCUGAUGGCAGAAUAGACUUUGACGAGCUCACAGCAGGGGGCUUCAGUGACACGACUGAGCCAUCCGAGCUUGCGCUCCGCCUCACGGGUGAUGAAGAUGGUGCGCACGAGGAUCUUGUGGCGUGGUUCGACGAUGGAGACAACGGUGAAAAUGCAAACGACAGCAAGUGGCAGGUCACUCAACAAGAAUUUGAAGAGAAGUUUCCACAUGGCAUCACGAAAGAGGCGAUUCAUGAGAUGCAGAAAGACCAGUAUAUGGACAAUAUCCAUUGCAAAUAUGUCUGGGUCUGGAAGAAUGCAUGUUCGUCAUGCUUGUCUGGUGUGAUUCUUAAAUCUGUCAUGCACAUUACCCAAGAGCCCCAGCCCAUUUUUCUGUCAUGCAGAAACGCAGUUUGUCAUGCAGAACAGGCAAGAACACCCAGAAGCUCAGAAACUUGUCGCGCUGAGGCAGCACUUGAUUUGCCCCCCUCAUAAUACGCAGCCCAGCGUCCUCACAAGGUUCCAGACCCAGUCAUAUUUGCAGUUUAUAGACAAGGUGGCGGAGCAAUUUCCUCCCGGUGCCUUCGACCCGGACCACGAUCCGCCGAUCGACCCAGCGAAAAUGAAUCCGCUGCAGCAGGCUGCCUUGCAGGACAUAUGCAUUGCAAAAGUAUCGCUAUCGUAUAUGAAGUAG